AUGAAGCCAGCUGUAAUCGGAGUCUCAGCACUGCUGAUUAUUCUCCCCAUACCGGGAUUACCCCAAUAUCUCGACGGGGAGUGCGGAAUUCUCAGUAAUGGAAAGCUUGCGCAUAAUAUCUCGAGUCCAUGGAUGGCUUAUCUACACACAACCGAAUUGAUAUUCGUUUGCGGGGGAACUCUUAUCACUCAAAAAUUAAUACUGACUGCCGCGCACUGCACAAAGGCCAACGAACAGCUAGUAGCUCGCCUGGGAGAGUUUAUGGAAGCAGACAGUGAAAAUUACGCGAUUCUUUCGGAGCAUCAAGUAAACCAAACCUUUGUCCAUCCUCUCUACAAUAUGAAAACCCAUGACAAUGACAUUGCCAUUCUAGGAUUGGAAACGGAUGUAAAGUACUCAGAUCACAUCAAACCCAUCUGCAUUACUUGGUGGACCACUUGGAGAUGGUAUAUAGAUACCAUUCCGGUUCUAACUGGAGCUAUAUGGGGCUUGCCAAUGGUGAAAAAUGAAAGUGAUGCAUUUAGAACUGAGGACAUUCGGCGCCAGCCCGCCGAAAUAUGUACCUCCGAAAAUGGAACCAGCAUUUCGAGCAGUCAGUUCUGCGCCGGAGACUCGGAAUCAAAGCUGUGCCACGUUGACAGUAGCUCUCCUCUGGGAGCCAUGAUAUCUUACAGAAAUUACAGCCGAUUUGUCCUGAUCGGCAUAGCCACCACAAACCAAAGGUGCAAUAGGCCCAGUAUUUACACAGAUGUCCUGAGCCACAUCGAAUUUAUCCUUUGGGUGUGGCGGCAUUACGGAAACACUAAAGAGCCCCCUUACUCUCGGGAUCUCUCUGGAAAGCUGAAACAAGAAGAAAAUGAUACCAAUUUGGAUUCGCAUCUGAAAGAUUAAGGAUUGUUUUAAUAUAAACGGUAUUUGCUUACAAAUAUUGAUUUGAUCUUAAUGCCAUUUACAUCCCUAUAUAGUUAAAAAAGCAUAUAAAUUAGUAUGCAAUUACAUGUAAGUUAAUCAAUAUUCAUGAAAAGUAUAUAGCAAAGGCACCGAAAUGGUGUGCAAAAUGCCGCGGGAACCAUAAAAUUAGGGCUUUGCUCUCUUCAAAAAUGGAAAGCGUCCACUUGAAGUGGCGUGGCGCUGCGAAAGGUAGGAAGGCCCCGAACUUCCGGCAAAUCCCGAUUUUGUUUGAACAAUUAAAAUGCCUGAAUAGCCGAAGAGCCCGCCCACAUGCCAACCGACAGCACAUUAACUACAAAUUACAUUCACAUUAGUGUUUCGGAAUUUCGCAGCCUGCCCAUCCGUCCGGCUCCUUGGUCCGUGGUUCUUAGUCCUAGGUCCUGGAUCCUUGUUUCUGGUUCCUGGUUCCUUCGCUGGGCCUUCCACUGCCCGUCCUCUUGUGCUUUUCAUUUCGUUGCCUCGCUUUUUUUAAACCAAACACCUAAUAAAUCAAAGCGGACUCCGAGAGACCCCGGGAGUAUGCUUGUUAAAUGCUCGUAAUAAAUUAGCUGCCGCCUCCCGGACCGCAAGGCCGGCCCGCCCCCUGGACACCCCGCCCACCUGCCAGACAUCCUGCCCCUUGAUUAUUGGCUUAGCUCAUGGUCUGGCCAGUUUACAAUUGCCUCCUCGCCAUCCGAUGCCCCCCAAUUGAACUCAAUCGAUGCCAUUCUUUCUCUACACUCUGUGGCCCAGACUCAUUCAUUCUGCUUGCCAUUUUUUCUGUUUGAGAUUUUUUGUGUUGUUUUUAAUGAAGUCAGCGCAAAUUUUUAUGCUGGGCUGGCAGUUAUUGGCGGUGGUGGGAGAUUCUGAGUUUCGAGAUUGGGGGAAAAGAUUUCGCGCGUUUGGCAUUCGCCUUUAUGCAACUCAUUCUUAAUUUCGUUUUGUUUGAACUUUUCGCUGAUCAUUUUUGGGGAAACUGUUUAAGACGGACGUCGGUUAUUGAACUAGGUUUCAUUUUGAAAAAUGUAAGGCAUACAUACAAAUCUAUGAAUGCCAAGCAGAAUUUCCUUAUGACAACAUAGCAGCAUAGUUUCCAUUAGUAAAAGACUCAUGUUGACUAAAUUAGUUGCCUGUGAUACAUAUUUGCUGCGCGAUUCAGUCUAAUUUUUCCUGCUGAGGCACUGAAAGCUUUGCUGCUGCACAUGAGCACCUACGAACAUUUUUAUGAGUUGCGCGUAAAUGUUGCAUAAUUGUUUCAUGUACACAAUGUCACACGCACGCGACUAACGAAGCGCUCCAUGAUCGGCCCAAGAAGUCAAAGUUCACGGGAAAGGGAGCAGGUGGGUCGAGUCAGCGCUAAUUAGAAUGCCAGCGACAGGUAGACGGCACCAACGAGCAGAGAUAGUCAUCAGCAGCUUUCUACAUCCUGCACAGAGAGAAAUCGGGGGUUACCAAUAUAGAACCCUUUUUUACGGUGAGAAGAGUCCGUAGGGUGAUUUUACAUUAAAUAAUUUGAAUGCAAAAAAAAGAUAUCCCCAUC